AUCCUGAUUCUGCAUAUAAUUACCAAUUAUUUAUAAUUAACUUUAUUUCACAUUCCAUACAACUAUUAUCAAUUAAAAAGUGAUUAAAAAUGGGCGAGGUAUCGUUAGAAACAUCCGCCUAUGCAAAACUAAUACUACAUGCGGCGAAAUAUCCGCACUGUGCUGUGAAUGGAGUACUACUUGCUGAUGGUACUAAAAUCAGAUCGGGAGCCAAAAACCAAGACUUAGAUAUUGUGGAUACGGUGCCAUUGUUCCAUCAUAGUCAUUAUUUAUCUCCAAUGGCAGAAAUUGCCCUCACACAGAUAGAGACAAUAGCCCAGGCUGAUAACAGAGUUAUAGCUGGUUAUUAUGCUGCCUGUGAGAAUUUCCGAGAUAAUACAGUUGAAAAGUGUCCAGGACAAAAGAUCGCUGAAAAGAUUGUUGAACAUUUUCCAUCAGCUGUCUUCAUAGUUAUUGACAAUAAAAAGUUUGUGCAACAUUUGGAAACUCCAGCUAUAAAGCUACACAAGUACACUGAAGGAAAAUGGAAGCCAAAGGAUGCCAACAAAGUGCUGUUCCAAACGCCAUAUGUAUUGGAAACUGUUUCGCACUUACUACAGCGCGGUGUACAGAAGGACCUUAUAGAUUUCGACAACUACUUGGAUGAUCUCUCACAGGAUUGGACUAAUCUAGGCAUUGAAAAACUUAUUGCCAGUAUAAAUGCAUCAAACUCCAUUGAUUGUAAGGAAAAGGCAUAUUAACAUAUGGUACAUUGUGUUAGUUAAUAAUCAACCUUUUAUAUAUAUUUUGGGUUAGGCAAUCAAUAUUACCUAUAACUGGAUAAAGCUUUAAACAAUAAAAAUAUGAAUAUA